AGUUACUUCAGUCUUGUUCAAGCCUCCGUCUUGUAAGUGUUAAGCCAAGGAAGAAGUCGAUGGUAAUAGUAUACGCGCGAAAAUGUGGAUGUCCGCGGUGUGAACUUGUGAAUUCGAGAUCGACAGAAAAAAAUUUUUUUUUUAAUUGUGAUUUUGUUAGUGGAACCCACUAGGAUAUUUCCUGAAGAUGCUGAUGCCAAAGGAGUUUUUAAGGACGCUUGCGAUAUUUUUAGUUUUAACUGAAGGCUUGACAGGGUUAGAUCAAAUAAAUUCAUCACCGAGAAGACUACAGCAGAAUCGUGAAGAUGUAACCACUGUCUUGUUGGUGGACAAUAAUGGACGAUCUCCUUAUGGCCGCUUCCUCAACGUUAAGCCCGAUGUGGGUCUCAUUACCUCUACUGCACGGACAUUCGUACAAGAAGGCGUGACCACUGAAUACGCCACUCAGGUGGUCGGCACAACUUUAGAUGACGGCAGACUUUACGCACACUUACUGACAAAAACGUCUAGGGUCAUAUACGACGGCGAUGGUAAGCCACACGAACUCAACACCAAGAAGAUCAGCAUCGACCAAAACCGCUUUGGAAGCGACCACUUUGUCAAAAACACCGAUUAUAUCUUCCCACAUAACGUGGAGGUGCACUCAAUCUUCGCCACGACUCAACCAAGUCAACACCAAGACAUCAGGGAGGAUGCCAGUGAAGCAGAAACCCUGAAAGAAUCACCCUCUAAUGAUGUGAGAAUUUCAUCGCCUCAAAACAACAACAACAACCAUAAAGUAGUUUACCCAGAGAAGAUCCAAGUGUUCAAGGUAAACUCCCAGAAUAAGGAUGAAAGAGAGAAUUUGAUUUUCCAUAGAGAAGACGAAAACUCCUUGGGUUACAACCCCUCAAAAGUAAAACAAUGGGGUAACCUCCCUACAUUCACAGUUCGAAAUGAGUUCUCUCCAAGUGGGUUCUCUUACCUUGGAGACCUUCCUGAGUAUGACCUCAAGCCAGAAAGGAAUAAGCAAAGACCUCCGAAUGACAGAAGAGCUAAGAACCUCUUCUUGGCUGGUUUGUUGAAGCCUAGCCCAAAAGAAUUGAAGACUACUACUUACACCGGAUUUGCUGACUUCACCACAACAGUUGGAGAUACUGUUAUAGUCUUCACUCCACACACUAGUCAAAUUCCCAAAGUAAACUCAAAAUCCGUGACUAAAGUUACUGUGGAACCAACUAUCAAGCCUACAGCUACUUUUGUACGACCAGUCUUCGAGGCAAAGAGUGUUACUCCUUUAACUGAAGUUACCACCACAGUUCAACCUAUCCUUGAAACGACUACCUCGAGAGAAACUGACAAAAUAAAGAAUGAACAGCCAACCCCUGAAAUAAAGAGUGAUUUAGCAUUCACAGAACUAACAACGUCUCCAUCUAGCACUGAAUCUUCAACUCCUGAAGAUGUAUCAACCACCGAAACAGACGAAGAAUCUGGAAACCACAUUUCUUCCAUGAUUGUCGACAAGAAUAAUCGACAAAAAUACGGUAAAAGUCAAAAUAUCGAUGAAUACCUCGAUAUGGAAGCCAAAUCUGCUGUUCUAGCAAGAGAACAACAGAGCGAUACAAGUGAAACCACCUUGCCAAAUUCAGAAGUUAUUGAACCGUCUGAGAGCCAAACACUGAUGUUAUCAACACCAUCACAUGAAGACAUAGCUAAAAUUUUCGCUUCACUCCGAGCUCAAGAAAGCAAAGCGACAGAACCUUUGAAUACAGCUGCUACAAUAUUUUUCGACAGCAAAGAAGACCUAGAAGAAGAGAAACCUUCAGGAGGUGCAACAACGAUUUUCUUCAAUGAUGAUUUGCCAAUUCAAAAUACUGCGAGUGAAGUUACAACUUCAUCAGCAACUGAAAUUGUAACUUUACCUGAAACUACAACAAAGCAAACUUCAGAAACAACAACCGAAAACCAGGAAAUAAUAUCUGAAAGACCUCUCACAAGCGCAGAUGAUCAGACCACUUCAACUAUUGAAGAAAUUCCAACAACUGAGAAUGAAAAUGUCUCUGACGAAGAAAACUUAAUAUUGGAUGAUAAAAAGACAACUGAUGAUGAGACAGUAGAAUGUACUGAAGGUAUCAAAAUAAUCCCAUCAACGAUUUAUAAAACAUUAACUUAUUUAACAACUUUCUUUAUACCUGAUGGUGAGAGUACCUCAACCUCUAUUAGAUCCAAUGAAGUUAUCACUUCUGAUGUGAAAAAAGAAACUGCUUCAUGUUCAGCAAGCCAAGUUGCUGCAACCAAAGUACUGAGCGAAAACAUCGAACCGUCUGCAUCUGUAACAACAACUGAACAAGAAAUCGAAACAACUGAUCCUAUAACAACUGAACAUAUCGAAACAACAGAGCCUGUAACAACUGUCGAAGAAGAACCAGAACUCCAAACUACUACUGAAGAACUUCAGUCAACUCCACAAGAAAUAACAACGGAAAGACGUCAUGUGACUGAAUCUGAACCAAUCACAACUGAGGAAACAACAGAGGAAGGAGAAGAAAUAGAAUUGAUCUUCAAGACGUUGUAUACAACUUAUACCUACCUGACCACUUAUUUCCAAGAUACAACUUCGUCAGUUGCUAGUAGAAUUGUUGUUACAACUAAUGUUGUCACUUCAACACUAGAUCCAGCAGGUCAGUCUUCAGAAGAUGCAGUUUCAGGGCUAUUCGCAAGUUUAUCUGAUGUAGAUAAUAGUUACAAAUCAAGACAAGCUUCAUUUGAAGACUUCGAGGAAAUUUCUCCUUCUCAACUGGAGCCUAACCUUCCUUCUACUACUAAUGAUCAAAAAGAAAAUACUGAAGCAACUCCUUCAUUGGAUGGUGACGAUCUUGGUGUCAAAACUUACUACACUACCUAUACUUAUUUCACCACAAUAUUCGUAGAUGAUGAAACUGAGGUGUCUAGUAGAACUGAAGUUUAUACCAACUACGUAACUCCCUCUAUAAAGCCAACCAAAACUCGUAGUGUUUCAAUACCAACACUAACAUUCGAUGAUGAAGAAGAAGAAGAUGAUGAAAACGAAGAUAGUUAUGAAGAGAAAUAUGACACUACUAUAAUAAGAAAUAACACCGCAACCACAGCACCCGAAGAAACGACUGAAAUCCAAAAUGUCCAGCAAACCUUAAAGAAUGGCUAUGUUACUUUGAGAAGAACUACAACAGAAGAUGCUCCUAUUGAAGAUAAUCUUCUGCAUCCAAUUAACGAAAGUAUUUCUACUAUGGUGAAGAGCACGACGUCUAACGGUGAAAGGAGACUACUCAAUAACGUCGACAAACGAAAUAUACUGGAUGAUCAGAUUGUUUCUGAGUCUAAUAAUGAAUCAGAGAUUAUACCUUCACCAACCUUACUUCUACAAACAAGUUAUACAACCUUUACUUAUUUCACAACGAUGUAUCAUGGUACUACAGGAAGUAAUGUUGUCAGUCGUUUAGAAACUGUUACAAAUAUAGUCACUGAAACCUUAACACCUAGCCAUACCCUUAGUUUGGAUGACUUGAGUUUGCCAAUAACUUACUUUACAACAUUCACUUAUUGGACCACUUUAUACAAACAAGGUACCACCAAAGUCACAAGCAGAGAAGAAACGAUUUCUAACGUUGUCACUCCUACAUUAUCUGCAGAAAAUUCAGAGAGUAAAACAAUUGAGUUCACUCCUACUGUAGAAAUCGCACCUACAAGUUCUUCAGUGGCUCCAAUCGAACCCACAACCGUUGAUGAUGACUUGUUGACAACGGUUUACACAACUUAUACAUACUACACAACAUCUUACGUUGGUGGCGAAACUGUUAUAAACAGCAGGUUGGAAACAGUUACUAGUACGUUGAACAAGUCGGAGAAUAUUGAGUCGAACCAAAUAACUAACACAUCAGAAGUAGUAACACCCAGUGAAGUCAAAACAGAAACAAUAGAAUCUUCUAGUCCUUCUCUGAAACCAACUGGUCUUCUAUCUACGAUCGUUAAUACCGAAGAGAAUUCGGGUACUACCACUAUUUUCUCCACUGAUGUAUUCGGUACUUACAUUGAUGGUUUAUAUGCAAAGAUUUUAGAAAGCACAUCUUCUAUAUUAACUGAAACCGUUUCAUCAACACCUGUAGUUGAAAAUUUGAAGCCCACUGGCGUUGUUAGUAUAAAUAAGGGACAAAUUGUUGAUGCAGAUGGUAUAAGUACUCUGUUUUAUACAACACAAGCUGUAGGAACGUAUAUCGACAACUUAUAUGCUCAAGUUAUUGAGAGUACUAGUUCUCUAGAAGUAGACGAAGAGAAGAAACAACUCCAAACUGAAAUACCUGUAGCGAAAAGAACAGGUCUAGUUCGAUUGAUCAAAGGAUCUAUCGUUCAAAAUAGCACAACUACCCUUUACCAAUCGAAAGUUAUUGGAACUAUCAUAGACGGUCGAUAUGCUCAAGUAAUCGAAAGUACCUCAAGUUUCUUGAAAGACAACUUCUCACCUUCAUCGACAACAACUGAAGCUAUAUCCCCAACAUCCACUUUACCUCCUGGUGAAGAAAUCAAACCUACUAGUAUCACAAUUUCACCAUCUUCAGCAGUAAUCGAAGGUUCAUUGUCUGAAACCUUGAAACCAGAGGAUGAUGUAAAGGAAGAAGACAGCUCAGAAAAUACAAAAUCCAAACCGAGUUUCCAACCAAAGAAGAAAACUUUCACUCCAGGUAUACGACCAUUCGUACAAAGACCAAAAUCAAGUUACACUCCCAAAAGACGACUUCCUGGAGCUACCUCAGCCACAACAGUCACAAGAAACGAUUUCACUCCUACUGUAACUGCAAUUCCAGCUUCUAGAGGAAAAUUCGGUAAUAGAAGAAACUCGGCAUCGAUCAAUCCUACAGCUUCAAACUCUAGGAAAUUCUCGAGAUCCAAAACGUCUAGUUUUGGUGGAAGAAGAAGCUCCUCUAGGAUACAACCCAGCUCGACUGGUUUUGGAUCGAGUUCUAGACGUGGAUUCAGAUCUUCCUCUCCUGGUGCCAUCUUGAGAUCCAGCGGUCUACCUGGUAAUUCAGCAAGGUUCAGAAUACGACCAACCGCCACCUCUCCUCUCUUCAAAUCUUCUAUUUAUCCUGGCAAUGCAGACUCAGCCGAUAACGAUAGUGAGAACAGUGUAACCACCCAAAUAAGUGACGACGAAAAUAACGAAAACGAGACAACCUUGCAAGCAAGCACAACAACUGAAUCUAAUAAAAGGCAGAACCCACUAUUGAAACUACUUAGAACGCCAUUAUCUAGACCUCCAAUCACUAAAGGAAGACCUUCUGGUGCAAAUAACGGUAGAGCGAACUCCAUUGGUAGAAAUAAUAAGAGGACAACAACCACCACGUUCAAACCUAAAACCACAAGAUCUUCUGCAUUCAGAGGUAGACCAAAUGCUCUCUUCCCAAGAAGAAACCUAUUCACUACCACCACUACAACAACUGAACCUCCGGAAGAAGAAGAGGAAGAGGGAGAGGAAGAAGAUGUAGGAGACGAUGAAACUCUGCUCGAAGAAGGCGAGGAAGAAGAUGACAAUGAUUAUGAAGGGUCUCAAAAAAGAUCUGUGAUAGCUAAACCACCUAUAAGCAGUGCGAGUGGUGUUAAAAUCAGACCAUUCAAAUUUGGAAAAAGGGCAAAAAGAGAUACUUAUUCGAGAUUCAGGAGGCCUACCCCCAAAUCUACAACAGCAGCACCAGAAGAAGACUAUCCAGAAUAUGAAGCGCCUAAGCCCAAACCAAAGAACAAUAGGUUUACUCCUAGGUCUAGGAAAUUGAAAACCACUGCGUCAACUACCCAAACACCCACCACUGCAUCACGGAAGGGAAUAUCCCCUAACAAAGUGAAACCUCAGUCGCGCACGCAGUUUACUCUUAGACCAGAAAAGGAGAAGAGCAGCUUCAGGAGACCAAGCAGUCAAAGAUCAAGAACGACAACGUCUUCACCGCGUCCUAGACCGAAAAGUUCGUAUAACAGUUACCAAAACGAACAGACCAAUAACAGAAAAAAUGCUGGAAGGUCUAACUCAAGAAACAGUAAUAAUAGACGUACUACCAGCAGAUCAAGAGUACAACAGCAAGAUUUGAAUGACAAUAAUGUCUUACCUGCGUUUGAUGGUACCAUAACUGUCACCCAUCAGAUACCAACAGAAAUAACGAUUCCAAUCUUGAAUGGAAAAAUCACAGAAUACAAGAAUAUAAUAACUGCUAAGUUGAGUACUGAAAUUCUGGGUCCAUCGCAGUACUCUACAACUGUUAACCCGUUGGGUAGAGAAGUGACUGUUUUACUUAGUGAAUCAACCAAUCUUGCUAAUAAUGGGGCUACUCUCGUAACACAUUUCGUACUGAAUGAAACACCAACCACCAGUGUUACUUUCACGCCAACUUAUAUAAGAAAUAGAAAGACAUCUUUCUCACAUAUAGUUCCUAGUACUAUCUAUGCGGUUGAGCAAGUUGUGAAUACCAUCCAACCAGCCUUAGCAGCUCAAGCUCCUCUUGCCAAUAUCCUUUUAUCACAGCUCUUACUGGGUGGCUUACAGCCUCAAAACCCUUUGAUAGGCCUUCAAAAUCCAGGAGUCGCUCCAACUCCAACCACGGAGUUCAAGACAAGAACCACAACGUAUGUAACCACUGUUACAAGUUCCUCGUCGACAGUGAUACCUCUGACGUUCAGAGGUAAAGAAAUUUUAACCACUAUCAUUGAUAGCAGCGUGAACGUCAUCACCGCAACAGAGUUUUUGACUGACACCAUUGUUGUAACACCAACUGUUGGUUUUCCUGUGGCUUCUCCACAGCUGAACACUCUUCUGCUUCCUCUUCUACAGCAACAGUUGGCUCAACCACCAGCACCACAAUUUGUGCCCAAAAACGCAAAUUUAGAACUUUUCCAAGAAGCCACUUUGAACGAACCAGAUGAAUUCAAUUUGGCAUUAGAAGCUGAGGAGGUAGAAGAAGAUCCCAUUAUUGAAACAAGGCCGAAAUCGAAGAAGAGUGCCAAGAAACCAAAGAAGAUCGCUCCAGUGGAUCCACCGAAAGAAACAAGUGUUAUCACUUUAUAUGUUUCUGGUAAAACUCCUGGAGAGUUUAGUACAGUAUUGUCCACGAUAAUACAAGAUCCAAGAGAUAGGCAAAAAAGAGAAUCUGGGGAAGAAAUAAGACCUUCCAGGUUAAUCCACGAUUUGCUAAUUAGUACUCAAGAUUAUCUGGAUACUUAUGUCCUUCCUGGCAGAAAAGAACUAUCGAACAUUAACCCAGAAGCCAACUCAGAAACUGAGAGCUUAGAGAGUAUACUAGGAGAUGUAAGCAAGCAUUUGAUCAACACGAGUAGGAGUAAAUCAACAAUUAAACCAACUAAAAUCAACUAUUCCACCGAAUCUCAAUUGGAGAAUAUCCAUUCUUCCGACCAAAAUAUUCUGAAUAAUUUUUUAGCAUAG